AUGCACUGGGGCCUGUUGUUGAGGGCGCACCUCAAUUUGGCACCUCCUACACCUACUUUAGUCAGCUACUCACUUGAGCCUGCACUGGGGCCUGUUGUUGACCUCAAUUUGGCACCUCCUACACCUACUUUAGCCCAUCAGCUACUCACUUGUCACCAGUUAACCCACAUACGCAAGGCUGAACUUGGAGAUAUACCAGAUAACCAGAUAUCCACAACGGAGAUAUACAAGAUACCAACAGUGGAGAUAUACCAGAUAACCAGAAAUCCACAGUGGAGAUAUACCAGAUAUCCACAGUGGAGAAAUACAAAAUACCCACAGUGGAGAUAUACCAGAUACCCAUAUAUCCACAGUGGAGAUAUACAAGAUACCCACAGUGGAGAUAUACCAGAUACCCAGAUAUCCACAGUGGAGAUAUACAAGAUACCCACAGUGGAGAUAUACCAGAUACCCAGAUAUCCACAGUGGAGAUAUACAAGAUACCCACAGAUACCCAGAUACCCAUAUAUCCACAGUGGAGAUAUACAAGAUACCCACAGUGUAGAUAUACCAGAUACCCAGAUAUCCACAGUGGAGGUAUACAAGAUACCCACAGUGGAGAUAUACCAGAUACCCAGAUAUCCACAGUGGAGGUAUACAAGAUACCCACAGUGGAGAUAUACCAGAUACCCAGAUAUCCACAGUGGAGGUAUACAAGAUACCCACAGUGGAGAUAUACCAGAUACCCAGAUAUCCACAGUGGAGGUAUACAAGAUACCCACAGUGGAGAUAUACCAGAUACCCAUAUAUCCACAGUGGAGAUAUACAAGAUACCCACAGUGUAGAUAUACCAGAUACCCAGAUAUCCACAGUGGAGGUAUACAAGAUACCCACAGUGGAGAUAUACCAGAUACCCAGAUAUCCACAGUGGAGGUAUACAAGAUACCCACAGUGGAGAUAUACCAGAUACCCAGAUAUCCACAGUGGAGGUAUACAAGAUACCCACAGUGGAGAUAUACCAGAUACCCAGAUAUCCACAGUGGAGGUAUACAAGAUACCCACAGUGGAGAUAUACCAGAUACCCAGAUACCCACAGUGGAGAUAUACCAGAUACUCAGAUACCCACAUUGGAGAUAUACCAGAUACCCAGAUAUCCACAGUGGAGAUGUACAAGAUACCCACAGUGGAGAUAUACCGGAUAUCCACAGUGGAGAGAGUUGUUAUCCUUAUCACGGACAAGGGGAUACCACCAGGACCCUAGGGGCCGGAUUUGUUAAUAGACAAGAGGAGGGUGAGUGUGAGAACAUGUGGGGUAUACGGGUCAGCAGCUACCCCCACCCCCUGCCACCCACAUCUAUCAAUUAA